CGUCAAUAUUUAAGUCACAAGCUGCCGGCUCACUCCUCACAACGACCGCAGCUCAUGUCCACGUUCAGACGACAACCCGAGAGAACUGUUUGCAAAAUCGAACAAGAAUUGCACGCAAUCUGCUCACCUGUUGAUGAUUUCUUUCGUGAUAAAAUUCAAGAACAUUACAUCAACCUACACUGAACUCCUUGUGAUCUCUUCUUGGACCUGAACUUUAAGUCUUCAAGAGCGAACCAUCGAGAUGAAGAUCUGCGUCGCCACCAUUCUGUCAAUCGCCCUCCUUCUGGGUAACUCUGUCAAGCUCCGAGCUUCCGUUACUGGGCCGGUUCCCUCGGAUGGCGAUGGUCCUGCGUCUCAGGUGUGUCAGCAGUGCUGCCAGGGACCUGCUGCAAUACCCGGCAUACCAGGUCUGCCUGGGUCAGUAGGACCGAUGGGGCCGUACGGUCAGCCGGGGUCAAAGGGCGAUGCAGGUCAGCAAGGUGAGAUUGGCCCUAUUGGACCUAUGGGUGAGCGGGGAGCACCUGGGAACACUGGGUCUAAAGGUGAUGAUGGGAUUGGUCUGCCCGGCAAGAUAGGUCCGAGAGGGCUACCUGGAUUUGUUGGAGGAACUGGGGAAACUGGUGUCAAAGGUCAGAAGGGUGAGCCAGGGGAGACACCAGACGACUCCAACCAGCGGGUGGCAUUCACCGUGGUGAGGACGAGCCACUCAGAUACCUCUACGAGUCAAGAUAUCCGUUUGCCAUUCCAGCAGGCCGAGACCCUUCUGCCGGGUACCAGCUUCGAUCUCGAGACCGGCACGUUCACCUGCAGUGUGCCGGGCACCUACGUAUUUACGUUUUCUGUUCUUAAGUAUGGCAACAGCGGUGGCCUUACCAUCCAUCUAGUUAAAAACAACCACAAGGUGAUCAGUACCCAUGGUACAUCAAAUCAACAAGGUCAGUUGUCUGGUAGCGCAGUGCUGGUUCUGCAGCGAGGAGACUCGGUGUAUGUUACCAUGUACGGUACGGCGCAGGGUUCUUCGACCUAUCACUACACCUCAUUCAGUGGCUUCCUCCUUUUCUCCGAAUAAAUGUAUAAUUAAAUAAAUAAAAUAAAAUCACAACGCAUAAAUAUACAGGAGCAGUGCUGCAUUUUUUGGUUUCGCUUUCCAUUUUGCCACAACAGUAUAAACCAAUGAAUUAAAAGAAAAAUAUUCAAUGUCAUGAUAAUAAGAAAGAUACUUGAUUCUUAAUACAAAGCAUUUUACAUUCAAGUAUCAAAACGCUUUACAAGACAUCAAAACUGCGUAAAAAAAACAGUUAUAAUUAAAAAGAAGCUAAAUAUAUGACUUUUGAAAAAGAAGGUUUUAGCUGCGAUUAAAAAAACCCUUCAAAUUCAUUAUUUUUUGCUCAAAAAACGCGGAAGUCUGCACGGUCACUGUAUGCCUUGCCAGGCUUUGGACGAACUUUAGGAAGGUUAAACUGAACCCCAUCACAGCUUUAGUACGAAUGUAGUACAGCUUUAGUACGAAACGCGUGAACUGAUAUUUACUCUGUGAAGUACCGUAGCGCUGCCUCACCAUGGUGGAUAGGUUUGAAAAGUACUGAAGUAUCUUGAAUUCAUUCCGCACCGUAACCGAGAGCCAACGUAGUUUCUGAAGUACGAGCGUACGACCCUUCCUUCUGCAUAUAUGUUGUUAUUUCUUAAACUGGUAAUCGUAUGAACAAAAACAAACAGUUACAAUAGUCUGUCUGGGGAGUAACAAAUGCAUGUAUUAAAACAAUAAUGUUGUUGUUUUUUUCAUUUGCAUUUCCCAUACCGUAUACAGCUAGAGAUUAAAUGAAGUCUGGUGAUAUCAUAUAUUUAUCCUCGAAAACUUUUUUUCUUGAAAAAAAAAAGAGUUUCAAAUUGCGCCACAGUGAACCAAGAACUCUCAACUUUUGUUAAACACUUUAUUUUGUAUCCCAUGUUAUACAUGUGUAAUUGAGUUUUGGUUUCAUGUUAAAAGUUGAGUUUUAGAGCUUUCACUAUGAUGAAAUUGUUUACAAUUUAAUGCAAUUUGAGUUAAUAAUGUCACACUAUAUCAGCAGAUUACGCAAUUAUGAUUCUAUAGUAUGUAUUUGAUUCAUUUUUCCAAGUAUACAUUUGAGGAUGUGCUCUGUUUAACAGCUUAACUAAUUUAAGCACAGAAAUUAAUCAUAUAACAUGUAAUCAGUAACGAAUAUAAAUACUCAAAAACUGUAUUUUGAACAUUACUUUAAUUGAACAUUUAGCUGUUAACAACUUUAGCUGAAAAACCUUGUCCCAAUCGUAAUACAUUCCAUCAAAUUCCUCUCAGGAAAGUAACAUUUUGACCGUGUACUGAAGACCGUCAAUAAAAUCGUUUGUCGUUGAAAUGAA